UCAUGAGGACAACAAAAACCAUUACAAAGCAAAAUUUUCCGGCUCUGGAGCAUUCUUUCUUUGGUUUCGACCUUAGACGACGGCUAGCGCAAAGAUGAGGUCUCUGUUGUUGUAUUUGAGCUUCCUAGGAUUGUCUUUGGCUUUCAGAUUUCCAAUCAGCAAUCCCAGGGGUAAUCCCAUCAAAGGCGGUUGCUACAAGCCAGAAUUUGACAAAAACGUCGCGGAAGUCAUUAAAUCUCCACUACCACAUGAGUACCUGAGUGUUGAAGAUAUUCCCAAACAGUGGGACUGGAGAGAUGUUCCUGAGAAGGGCAACUUUGCCAGUGUGACACGUAAUCAACACAUUCCUCAAUAUUGUGGCUCAUGCUGGGCACACGGAACAACCAGUGCUAUGUCAGAUAGAAUCAACAUUCAGAGAAAAGGAAAAUGGCCCAGUAAUCUCUUGUCAGUACAGAACGUCUUAGACUGCGGCGAUGCUGGCACUUGCCAUGGUGGUGGUAUGCUGCAAGUGUAUAACUAUGCUCAUAAAACAGGUAUACCCAGUGAAACAUGCAAUAAUUAUCAAGCCAAAGACCAACAGUGCACACCAUUUAACCAGUGUGGUACCUGCACCACAUUUGGGGAAUGCCACCCUAUCAAGAACUACACCUCGUGGAAAGUCAGUGAAUUUGGCUCAGUCAAAGGACGUGAAAAGAUGAUGGCAGAAGUAUAUGCCAGGGGUCCUAUUGCUUGUGGCAUCAUGGCUACUCCAUCGCUGGAAAAAUAUGAAGGAGGGAUCUACACAGAAUAUAACCCUGAUCCUAUGAUAAAUCACAUAGUGUCUGUUGCCGGCUGGGGCGUGGAAAACGGCACAGAGUACUGGAUUGUGCGCAACUCCUGGGGGGUACCAUGGGGAGAGGAGGGUUGGUUAAGGAUUGUAACUUCUGAAUACAAAGGUGGACAAGGGGCAAGUUACAACCUGGCAAUUGAAAAAGACUGUGCAUUUGCUGUUCCCAUUGUUGAAUAAAAGAUCAAGUGUCAGGAAUUGUGAGAUCUUUCCAGGGCAUUGGCCGUACAUUUUUGCUGUGCUUUGUUUUGUUUUUUACAAUGGUGUGAUUUUAUGUGACCUGUGGAAUAGUUACAACACAAAGGUUUACUGUUAAAUUUCAUCCCAUUGUUUUCUAUUGUUUAGUUUAGACACUGUAGCACUUAAAUUAUUGUUAGAUGCUGUUACUGUCAGGUUACCAAAAUCAUUUGAAAAUAUAGCUAGUGCUAGAAAAAGCCCAAAUUUGAGAAUUAUUAUAUAGGUGGACCCUGCUAAAUGGAACUUGGUUAUUUUGAAUUCCCCCCAUUAUCCCAAACUCAAACCAAUUUCCCCUGGAUUUACCCUGCUUGCUUUUUCAGUGAUUUACUAUCAAUAUUUGGCUAUUUCAAAAUAUUCAGUUAUUUCAAACUCCCCGCUGUUUCAAACUGAUUUCUGUUUCCCUUGGCCUAAAAUCAACUCCGUUCAUUUGUACAUAAAAUGAACAUCAUCAUGACAUCGGAGCAGGUUUGAACAUAGCUGGAAAACUGCAAUUUGGGCUUUUCAUUGCACUUUAAUAAGGUCCUUACAGUACACAAUUGUUGUGUACUGUAAGGAACUGUCCUCAGGUGUUCUCUUCUAACCUUUGGUCAAUAAAAAAAUGUUGAUUACUUUAGUUAAUUAGCAUUUGAUUGUUAUUUUCAUUUAAUGCUUAUCUGGUUAUUAAUGUGUUGAGUCCCCACUAUUUCAAACUGUUUUUCUUUCCCCCUCAUAGUUCGAAAUAGCGGUGUUCGACAAUGUGAAUGAUCUUUUCUUUUAUUUGUCUAUGCUUCAGAGCCCAGUAAGAAUUGAAACAUAUAUCCAUAACAUACAAGUAGUUCUUGUUUCUUUUAUUAUUGGAACAGCAUGUUUGAGUAAAUAUUUACUGAGUUGUGAAUUCAAUUUGUAAUUUUAAUAAAGCUAAAUUGUUUGGCCAACGUAA